CUAACCGUACGAUGACAUGAUGACAUUGACAUCACUUCGAUCAAGCAAAAAACAAUUUUUCCUUUUUUUCCAUACUCGUCUUUAUCUAUGUUGGAAACUACGGAUGCAGAUUAUUAAUAUGUAUUAGAGUGUUGCUAAGAGAGUGUGAGUCAGUUUGCAAGCAAAAAUUAGGAGAUGUCGCGAAAGUUCAACAGCAGCACCACGGGAGCCACAUCGCGCUUAAGACAGGAUUAUUUGCGCUUGAAAAGGGACCCCAUUCCUUAUGUGAUCGCUGAGCCCCUUGGUUCGGAUAUCCUUGAGUGGCAUUAUGUGGUGACAGGACCGGAAAAUACGCCCUACGAGGGCGGAUUUUAUCACGGAAAGUUGGUGUUUCCCAGUGACUUUCCGUUCAAACCGCCGGCGAUCUACAUGAUCACCCCGAAUGGACGCUUCAAAACCAACAGAAAGUUGUGUUUGAGUAUUUCCGAUUUCCACCCGGAUACUUGGAACCCUGCGUGGAGUGUUUCCACUAUCCUCACCGGGCUUUUGAGUUUCAUGUUGGAAAAGAGUCCGACGUUGGGCAGCAUCGAGACGAGUGAUUACGAUAAACGCCAGUUAGCCUAUCAGUCGCUCGAGUACAACUUGAAGAACGCCCAUUUUAUCGAACUAUUUCCAGAAACAGUCGAGGAAAUCAAAGUUGAACUGGAGCGGAGAAGCACAUGCGAAAAAGCCUCAAGCGAUAGCAAUACAGCAGGAAUUUCCGCACCUGUUUCCAACUUCCAGUCGUGUAUUACAAACCUGUGUGUUAUAAUUGGGUUUGCCGCAUUUGCGUUUACCGUUAAGUAUGUUAUGAAGACCACAAUAUCGGAGACAGAGGAUUGAAACGACUGUUUUUUUUUCCAACGCCAGUCCAGGCAAUUAUUUAAAAAAAUUAACCUUUAUUGGAACAAUCACAGUAAACUGAAAUGAAUUCGA